AUUACAUACCCAGCAGCUUUCUCAAUAGUCAAUACCAAAACAAUGACGAUCACAGAGAUGAGAGUGCACAUGGACUGCGCUGGAUGUGAGUGCAAGAUCAGAAAGGCUCUGAAGAAGCUGAAAGGAGUGGAUGAUGUGGACAUAGACAUGGGCAUGCAGAAGGUGACUGUAACUGGAUGGGCGGACCAGAAGAAGGUCCUCAAGACAGUCAGGAAGACGGGAAGAAGGGCUGAGCUCUGGCCCUUCCCAUACAACCCAGAGCUCCGAGGUUCCACCAAUCUGCAUUAUAACCAGAACUAUUACCAGAGCCGUGCUUCUUGCUAUGCUUCUCACCAACCUUCAUCCUCUUACAACUACUACAAGCAUGGGUAUGCUGGUCAUCAUCGUGGCUACUAUCAACCUCCUGCACAUUCCACCAUCUUUGGUGAAAGAUUUGGUGCCAAUUUCAGUGAUGAAAACCCUACUGGUGCUUGUUCUAUAAUGUGACGAUGUUAUAUAUCGCACUUUCAACAAUUAAUAAUUAAUUAAUCCAUCCUUUUCUGCUGAUAUGCACUACUUCAAGAAUCUAUAUGUGCUAUAGCUUCUCUUUUAUCACCUCUUGUUUUAAUUUCCUUCCUUUUAUAUAUGUGGAUGUGGAUUCAUCAUUCUAUCUAUAAGGAGUUCUGAUCUUUUUGUUUUA